AUGAAACCAAUUAUUGUUCUUAUUCUUUAUAUUUCUUUACUUGUUUAUUCAAAAAAGAUAGAUGAUAUUUUAAAAGAAAUUGAUGAUGAACAAUCUCAAGACAAUUUAAAAAAUGGAAUCUAUGAAUUAUCAUCUCAAACUUUUAGAAAAAUGGUUAAUGAAAAAAAUUAUACAUUCGUUAUGUUUUAUGACCCAACUUGUCCUCAUUGUAAAAAACUUAUCCCUCGUUUUAAUCAAUUUGGUGUUAUUCAUAAUAAUCAACCAAACUUUAGACUAGCCCGUCUCGAUUGUGAUUUGUACCACUCAUAUUGUCAUAAACAAACUUUCUUAAAAGGAUAUCCAUCAUUAUUUUUAUUCUAUAAUAAUUACAUUUAUCCUGAAUAUUCUAUGUCAUAUUCACCUGAGGCAAUGAAAGAUUGGAUCGAACUAAUGAUUAAAACAUCUAACAAAGAUGAACACCUUGAUGAACAUCUUCAAAAGGUUGAACUUUAA